AAUUUUAAAAUUUCAUGCCAGUAUGCUUCGUAACAGAUAUACAACACAAAAUUAGUUAGCAUGUUGAAACUGAAAGUGAAAGACGGACGUUGCUGUCAUAAAGACAUUUAUUGUGAAUGGAUUGAUAAUAAUUUCAAAGGAAUUGAUGGAGUUAGAACUAAAACUACGAAUAUGUUGGUAGAAUAGUUCGCUUUAGAGGGUAUUGGUUAAGCGGUGGAUUUUUUUUUCAGGGCCGCUUAAGAGCCACUCAGAAAACAAAACAUUCUACCAGAAUCGAAUAAUGUCCGAUUUAAUGAUCUGCUUGUGUCCAAACAGACCAAACUGGAGGUGAUGGAAUUUACAUAUAUGACGGAAAUUUUGUUAAUAAGAAUAUUUAUCCACAGUCUUUUGAAUCUCUCUGCAAGAGGGUUGUAGAACAAUUCAACUACUUUACCCAUCGUAAAUGAAGGAACUACGUGGAGAGAAAAUGAAUGGAAUAGCAAAUAUCUACAAGUAUUCCCUGCAUUUUUGUAAUUCUUCAUAAACAGUGUUAACUAAGUGAUUUGUCAAUAUGUCUGAAAGCAUCUUAUCACCCAAAGCUUCCAGCCAGUAUAUAGCAGAAACAAGUAAAGAUGUAACAAUAUGCUCUGAAGGUGUGGCAAAAGUUGCUAAUUUGAUAUAUGAAUCUGUGAAGAAUAAAAGUUUCGAUAUAACAAAUUGGAAGAAGCAUGCUCUUAACCCAAAGACAAUGGAUGUCAGUACUGUCGACUGGAUUUUUGUGCUUGACACAAUGAAUUUUUCAUUUUGGAGUGAAGAUGCUAGCAAUAAAUAUACAGUAACUUACAAGGAUAAAGCUUACACAGGUUACUGGUCAUUAUGUGCUGCAGUCAAUCGAGCUUUAGAUAAUGGCAUCCCUAUCACUACACCUGCAUAUUGUGCAAGUAUUUCUGGAGAACAACUCGCUGAUAUAUUAAAGUCUGAUUCCAACCAAGAAAUACCAUUGUUUUCCGAAAGGUUACAAGCCUUGAAACAAACAUGCAAGAUUAUUAUGAAGAAAUAUCAAGGUAGUUUUGUUAACUGUAUCAGAGAAAGUGAUAACAGUGCUGAAAAUUUGUUACAGCUCAUUGUCAACAACUUUCCUUCUUAUAGAGAUGAAGCCACAUAUGGUUCCAAGCAAGUUUCCUUUUACAAAAGAGCACAAAUUCUCAUAGCGGACAUAUGGACCUGUUUUGAAGGUCAAAGUUUGGGUUUCUUUUACGAUAUAGAGAAACUCACUAUGUUUGCUGAUUACAGGAUACCUCAAAUUCUUGCCUAUUAUGGUGCACUAAAAUAUUCAGAUAGUUUGAUGAAAAUACUAAAAGAUGGUGUUCUCAUGAAGAAUGGAGAUAGAUUAGAAGUAGAGAUCCGCGGUUGCUCAAUCUGGUCUGUUGAGAUGAUUCGAGAGGAAUCCCAAAAAUUACUGGACGAAGAUGAAGAAACCAAAAAUGCCUUGUUUAAUUCUGUAUUACUUGAUCAAUUUUUGUGGGAUUAUCGUCAAUUACAUGCUAAAGAAAUGGAUGUUAUCCCUAUCCACAAGGUGCGAUGCAUAUAUUAUUAAUUGAAAAAAAAAUCUUUACAUUCUUAGUGUGGAAAAAUAAAGACAAAGUUUUAAUUACCUUUUAGAUA